AUGGAGUUAUUUGACGAAACAAUUACAGAUACUGAUGAUGAUGAAAUCAUAAACAAAACUUCAGAUGAUGAAACUACAAAUGACAAAAUUACUAGUGAUGAAACUAUUGAUAAUAAAACUAUUGAUAAAACUAUAAAUGAUAAUAAUAAUUCAAGUAAUUCAGAUAUAAUCUUUGCAUUAAACAAAGAAACUUUAGCAUUAGCUCAUAAAAUAGCAGCAGAGAAAUUUGCUUUAGAAAGUGAAGAGGAUGAAUUGUUAGAAACCUUAGAUUAUAUUAAUGAUAUUGAUGAUUUUUUGCUUGAAAUCAGAAUGAAAUCAACAGAAAGUAAUGAACAACUAAUUCUACUUCAAGAUACUCAUGAAACUCAAUUAGAACUAAAAUCCUUAAGUGCACUUCAAGAAGUUGAAAACAAUAUUCAAAGAUUGG